AUGAGUCCUCCCGGAUCGACGCCAUCGGCUAACUGGACGGCAGAUAUGGAAUCCUCCGAAUCGAUGUUUUAGUGGAUUUUAUUUGAGUGCUAUCUGCCCCUCGGAUCGGGUGGGUUGUCUACCGAACGUCGUCACUCGCACUUCUCAUUGUCAGCCGGCACAUUGGACCGACCUCCUGGUUAUUAAGACGGUUGGAGUAAGGCAGACCGUAGGCAAGGGAAGAUAAAUGGCCAGUGAACUCAACAACAGCAAUCCUGACCAUGACUAUAGCAAAGAGAAGUUGAAACAUAGUAGCAAGGAGGAGAUGGUGUCAACCAUGACCAACUCAAUGCACAGAUCUAGCUCGCGGCCACAGCUCGAUGUUAGUAGGGCUGCUAUACAAGAAGAUUCUGAGGACAGGAACCCUACCAUUUUGUUGCCGAACCAGUCUGAUGACAUCUCCCACUUGGCCCUGGAUAUUGGAGGUUCCCUCAUUAAGCUGGUAUACUUCUCACGACAUGAGGAACAGUCACCUGAUGAUAAAAGGAGAUCCAUGAAAAAAAGGUUUGGGCUCUCUAAUGGUAACAGAAGGAGUUAUCCAAUUCUUGGCGGGAGGCUUCAUUUUGUAAAAUUUGAGACGGGGAAGUUGAAUGAAUGCCUUGACUUUAUUUCCUCAAAGCAACUUCAUCGUGGUGGGAUUGAUUCACCUUCGUGGCGAUCUGGGACUCAAACGGAUGAUAAUAUAGUAAUCAAGGCCACAGGUGGAGGGGCAUACAAAUUUGCUGAUGUCUUGAAAGAAAGGCUUGGAGUUAGUCUUGAUAAGGAAGAUGAAAUGAGUUGCCUUGUAGCUGGAGCAAAUUUUUUGCUUAAAGCAAUACGGCAUGAAGCUUUUACGCACAUGGAAGGUCAGAAAGAGUUUGUGCAGAUUGAUCAUAAUGAUAUGUUUCCCUAUCUUCUUGUUAAUGUUGGUUCUGGAGUUAGUAUCAUCAAGGUGGAUGGUGAUGGGAAAUAUCAACGAGUUAGUGGGACUAAUGUUGGUGGUGGGACUUUCUGGGGGCUCGGGAGGCUGUUGACAAAAUGCAAGAAUUUUGAUGAGCUGUUAGAGUUGAGCCAGCAAGGAGAUAAUAGUAAUGUUGAUAUGCUUGUUGGAGAUAUUUAUGGUGGUUUGGACUAUUCUAAGAUUGGGCUUUCAGCAUCAACUAUAGCUUCUAGUUUUGGAAAAACAAUUUCAGAAACCAAGGAACUUUCUGAUUACAGACCUGAAGAUAUCUCUCUCUCUCUUCUGCGGAUGAUUUCAUAUAACAUUGGGCAGAUCUCAUAUCUAAAUGCACUUCGUUAUGGGCUGAAAAAAAUAUUUUUUGGAGGAUUCUUCAUUCGUGGUCAUGCUUACACCAUGGACACCAUUUCUUUUGCAGUGCAUUUCUGGUCUAAGGGACAGGCACAAGCUAUGUUUCUGCGUCAUGAGGGCUUUUUGGGAGCUCUUGGUGCAUUCAUGAGCUAUGAAAAACAUGGCCUUGAUUACUUGAGAGCACAUCAGUUGGUUGAAAGAUUUCCUAUGGAGGCUCCUUGUAUUGCGGGAAAGAUUCAUGGUCCUCCGCUUGGCAACCUGAAUGAAAAGAUUUCGUGGCUGGAGAAGUUUGUUCAGAAAGGUACUCAGAUUACAGCUCCGGUACCUAUGGCUCCUCCUGGGACAACUGGUAUGGGUGGCUUUGAACGGCCUUCAUCCAGGGGCAAUACUUUGCGUUCAGACGCAAGUGCUGCAUUGAACAUAGGUGUUCUUCAUCUUAUGCCCACACUCGAAGAGUUUCCUCUAUUGGCAGAUCCUAAGAUGUAUGAGCCGAACACUAUUGAUCUCUUGGAUCAUGGUGAACUGGAGUAUUGGGUCACUGUGUUAUCUGAGCAUUUGCCUGACCUUGUUGAUAAGGCAGUCGCAAGUGAAGGUGGAACUGAUGAUGCCAAAAGAAGGGGAGAUGCAUUUGCUCAUGCAUUCUCGGCUCAUUUGGCAAGGUUAAUGGAAGAGCCUGCUGCUUAUGGGAAGUUAGGCUUAGCCAAACUUUUGGAGCUAAGGGAAGAAUGCUUGAGGGAGUUUCAGUUUAUGGAUGCCUAUAUCACAAUUAAAGAAAGGGAAAAUGAAGCUUCUCUUGCUGUUUUACCUGACCUUCUUAUUGAGCUUGACAGUAUGAAUGAGGAAGAUAGAUUGCUUGCUCUUAUCGAAGGUGUUCUUGCUGCAAAUAUCUUCGAUUGGGGAUCUCGUGCUUGUGUUGACCUUUAUCACAAGGGAACGAUUAUUGAUAUAUAUCGGAUGAGCCGCAAAAAGAUGCAACGACCAUGGCGGGUGGAUGACUUUGAUAUGUUCAAGGAAAAAAUGCUUAGUUCUGGAGACAAGAAAUCCCAACCAUAUAAAAGAGCUUUGUUCUUUGUUGAUAACUCAGGUGCUGAUGUUGUUCUUGGGAUGCUUCCAUUAGCUCGAGAACUCCUCCGUCGUGGAACUGAGGUUGUCCUGGUUGCAAAUUCGUUGCCUGCUUUAAAUGAUGUCACAGCUCUUGAACUUCCUGAAAUUGUGGCUGAAGCUGCAAAGCACUGUGAUAUAAUUAGAAAAGCUGCUGAAGCUGGAGGAUUGCUAAUGGAUGCAAUGGUAAGUAUACAAGAAGAUGGAUUGAAAAAUCAUUCGACCUCAGUUUCCUUGAUGGUUGCUGAGAACGGAUCUGGGGGCCCUUGCAUAGAUUUACGGCAGGUCAGCUCAGAGCUUGCUGCUGUUGCAAAAGAUGCAGACUUGAUAAUCCUGGAGGGAAUGGGGCGAGCCAUCCAUACUAACCUAAAUGCUCAUUUUAAAUGUGACUCACUGAAGCUUGCAAUGGUGAAGAAUCAGAGAUUGGCUGAAAAGCUUUUCAAUGGAAAUAUAUAUGAUUGUAUCUGUCGGUUUGAGCCUGGUAAAGAACAGCUAUGAUACAAGAGCAUUCAAUUCUCAGGCGUUUUGACUUGACACUGGCACAGUUCUGCUUAAUCAUCCUCAUAGAAAUUGAUAAUUAUGAUGCUGGCAGAAGUAUUGUAUAGAUUAAAAACUUCAUCAAGCCCCAGUACCAAAAGCCUGCUGACUCUGUAGCAUAUCAAUGUACAAUGGAAAAUAAAAUUAAUGCCUCUUUGAGAUUAUUCACGAUUUUCUCGUUUCUGUAUUUCUUAUACAGAAUAUUUUCAGGAAAUUUGUCCAUUUAGUGCC